AGGAAUGCCGCAGUUGUCACGAAGAGGAAGAGGCUGUUAUUGUUAACGGUUGGAACCGAACCGAACAGAACGGACGUGAUUCAGAUGAGGAACCGGGGCGAUCCUCCGCAGCACAAUAUCCGUUAGAUUGACGGAAUAAUGAGUUAGAUACAGAAUGUAAAAUGCGACCGUUAUUACCGUGAGACAGCUCUCCUGUGGUGCUGUUCCCGGUAGCGGCAUGGUCUACGCCCAAUCAACAGACAGCAUCAAGCCCUCCCUCCUGCCCCUCCUCUCCCCCUCCUUUACCCUCCCCAUGACCUUUAACCUCUCAGACAGGGGCAACACCAGUUCAGCGACACCCUCCAUCUGGAACCACGACGCCCUCUCCUCUUCCUCCUCCUCCUCUUCCCCCUCCGGCCUCCAGAACACCACCCAGGUGUGGUAUGAACUCACCUCAGCGGAGGUGGCUGUUCUGGGGCUGGUGUUCAGUCUCCUGUGGUUGGUGUCCAUCCUGGGUAAUGUUCUAGUGUGUGUAGUGAUCCACCGUAGCAGAAGGAGUCAGUCCACUACGAACUACUUUGUGGUGUCCAUGGCCUGUGCCGACCUGUUGCUGUCGCUGGGCUGUGCUCCCUUCAUCCUCCUCCAGGUGACCUGCGGGGGCUGGCCUCUCAGCGCUGCUGCCUGUAAGGCUGUUCGUUACCUGCAGCACCUGUGUCCUGGUGUCCAGGUGUAUGUUCUGCUGUCCAUCUGUGUGGACCGGUUCUACACCAUCGUGUACCCACUGAGCUUCAAGGUGUCCAGGGAGAAAGCGAAGAGGAUGAUCCUGGCCUCCUGGAUGUUGGACGCCGCUUUCUCUCCCUGUCUUUUCUUCUACGGCUCGGAGGCGGCGGCGGGGACGGGAGGGCACUGUGACUUCUUCCUGCCGGCGGGAAGCUGGGAUGGCGUUCUGUACGGUUCCGUCCACCUGCUCCUGGGGUUCCUGGUCCCAGCUGUCCUCAUCGUGUGGUUCUACCAGCGUGUGGUCCACUACAUCUGGAGGAUCGGCGCCGAUGGGCACACGGUCAGGAGAACCAUGAACAUCGUCCCCAGGACUAAAGUGAAGACCAUCAAGAUGUUUCUCAUGCUGAACGUGGUGUUCCUCCUCACCUGGACUCCCUUCUACGUGGUCCAGGUGUGGCACCCUAGCGAGGCCCCGGGCCCCAGCAGACAGGGGGCUCUGGUGUUCUGCUGUGUGGUCUGGGUGUCGUUCAGCUCCGCCGCCUCGAAACCCUCGCUCUAUUCCGUCUACAACGCUAACUUCAGACGCGGCAUGAGGGAGACCUUCUGCACGUCCUCUAUGAAGUGUUACCGUAGCAACGCCUACACCAUCACCGCCAGCUCCCGCAUGGCCAAGAGUAACUACGUGGGCGUGGUGGAUAUCCCCGUGGCGACCAAGACGACGCUCACCAAAGACUCCGUCUACGACACGUUUGACCGCGAGGCCAAGGAGAAGAAGCUGGCCUGGCCAAUCAGAGCCAACCCUCCCAACACCUUCGUCUGACGAGAGGGGAGGAAGACAGGGUUUAACUCUCAAUCAGAGCCAAACCUCCCAACAACCUUCGUCUGACGGGAGGGAGACAGGGUUUAACUAUCAAUCAGAGCCAAACCUCCCAACAACCUUCGUCUGACGAGAGGGGAGGGAGACAAGGUUUAACUAUCGGCGCUUCAUUUCUGAGGAUGAUGUGUAUCGUUGUAGAGGACAGUAUCUGGGGUGCUGAAACACCGUCUUUAGUGGAACAGAUGAGACCUGACGCUGACUUCCAGAGAGAGGGAAGGUGUUCACAUUGGGUUGAAUCAGCAGCUGGAUUCCACAUCUGUCUGCUACAGUCUGUUAACAUGUCUAUAGUUCUGGAUCCCCUGUCUGUCUGUUAACAUGUCUAUAGUUCUGAAUCCCCUGUCUGUCUGCUACAGUCUGUUAACAUGUCUAUGGUUCUGAAUCCCCUGUCUGUCUGCUACAGUCUGUUAACAUGUCUAUGGUUCUGAAUCCCCUGUCUGUCUGCUACAGUCUGUUAACAUGUCUAUGGUUCUGAAUCCCCUGUCUGUCUGCUACAGUCUGUUAGCAUGUCUAUGGUUCUGAAUCCCCUGUCUGUCUGCUACAGUCUGUUAACAUGUCUAUAGUUCUGAAUCCCCUGUCUGUCUGCUACAGUCUGUUAACAUGUCUAUAGUUCUGAAUCCCCUGUCUGUCUGCUACAGUCUGUUAACAUGUCUAUAGUUCUGAAUCCCCUGUCUGUCUGCUACAGUCUGUUAACAUGUCUAUGGUUCUGAAUCCCCUGUCUGUCUGCUACAGUCUGUUAACAUGUCUAUAGUUCUGAAUCCCCUGUCUGUCUGCUACAGUCUGUUAACAUGUCUAUGGUUCUGAAUCCCCUGUCUGUCUGCUACAGUCUGUUAACAUGUCUAUGGUUCUGAAUCCCCUGUCUGUCUGCUACAGUCUGUUAACAUGUCUAUAGUUCUGAAUCCCCUGUCUGUCUGUUAACAUGUCUAUGGUUCUGAAUCCCCUGUCUGUCUGUUAACAUGUCUAUGGUUCUGAAUCCCCUGUCUGUCUGCUACAGUCUGUUAACAUGUCUAUAGUUCUGAAUCCCCUGUCUGUCUGCUACAGUCUGUUAACAUGUCUAUAGUUCUGAAUCCCCUGUCUGUCUGCUACAGUCUGUUAACAUGUCUAUGGUUCUGAAUCCCCUGUCUGUCUGCUACAGUCUGUUAACAUGUCUAUAGUUCUGAAUCCCCUGUCUGUCUGCUACAGUCUGUUAACAUGUCUAUAGUUCUGAAUCCCCUGUCUGUCUGCUACAGUCUGUUAACAUGUCUAUGGUUCUGAAUCCCCUGUCUGUCUGCUACAGUCUGUUAACAUGUCUAUAGUUCUGAAUCCCCUGUCUGUCUGUUAACAUGUCUAUAGUUCUGAAUCCCCUGUCUGUCUGCUACAGUCUGUUAACAUGUCUAUGGUUCUGAAUCCCCUGUCUGUCUGCUACAGUCUGUUAACAUGUCUAUAGUUCUGAAUCCCCUGUCUGUCUGCUACAGUCUGUUAACAUGUCUAUAGUUCUGAAUCCCCUGUCUGUCUGCUACAGUCUGUUAACAUGUCUAUAGUUCUGAAUCCCCUGUCUGUCUGCUACAGUCUGUUAACAUGUCUAUAGUUCUGAAUCCCCUGUCUGUCUGUUAACAUGUCUAUGGUUCUGAAUCCCCUGUCUGUCUGCUACAGUCUGUUAACAUGUCUAUAGUUCUGAAUCCCCUGUCUGUCUGCUACAGUCUGUUAACAUGUCUAUAGUUCUGAAUCCCCUGUCUGUCUGCUACAGUCUGUUAACAUGUCUAUAGUUCUGAAUCCCCUGUCUGUCUGUUAACAUGUCUAUAGUUCUGAAUCCCCUGUCUGUCUGCUACAGUCUGUUAACAUGUCUAUGGUUCUGAAUCCCCUGUCUGUCUGCUACAGUCUGUUAACAUGUCUAUGGUUCUGAAUCCCCUGUCUGUCUGCUAUCAUGUCUAUGGUUCUGAAUCCCCUGUCUGUCUGCUACAGUCUGUUAACAUGUCUAUGGUUCUGAAUCCCCUGUCUGUCUGCUACAGUCUGUUAACAUGUCUAUGGUUCUGAAUCCCCUGUCUGUCUGCUACAGUCUGUUAACAUGUCUAUGGUUCUGAAUCCCCUGUCUGUCUGCUAUCAUGUCUAUGGUUCUGAAUCCCCUGUCUGUCUGCUACAGUCUGUUAACAUGUCUAUGGUUCUGAAUCCCCUGUCUGUCUGCUACAGUCUGUUAACAUGUCUAUGGUUCUGAAUCCCCUGUCUGUCUGCUACUGUCUGUUAACAUGUCUAUGGUUCUGAAUCCCCUGUCUGUCUGCUACAGUCUGUUAACAUGUCUAUGGUUCUGAAUCCCCUGUCUGUCUGCUACAGUCUGUUAACGUGUCUAUAGUUCUGAAUCCCCUGUCUGUCUGUUAACAUGUCUAUAGUUCUGAAUCCCCUGUCUGUCUGUUAACAUGUCUAUGGUUCUGAAUCCCCUGUCUGUCUGCUACAGUCUGUUAACGUGUCUAUAGUUCUGGAUCCCCUGUCUGUCUGUUAACAUGUCUAUAGUUCUGGAUCCCCUGUCUGUCUGUUAACAUGUCUAUGGUUCUGAAUCCCCUGUCUGUCUGUUAACAUGUCUAUAGCUCUGAAUCCCCUGUCUGUCUGCUACAGUCUGUUAACAUGUCUAUAGUUCUGAAUCCCCUGUCUGUCUGCUACAGUCUGUUAACAUGUCUAUGGUUCUGAAUCCCCUGUCUGUCUGCUACAGUCUGUUAACAUGUCUAUGGUUCUGAAUCCCCUGUCUGUCUGCUACAGUCUGUUAACAUGUCUAUGGUUCUGAAUCCCCUGUCUGUCUGCUACAGUCUGUUAACGUGUCUAUAGUUCUGAAUCCCCUGUCUGUCUGUUAACAUGUCUAUAGUUCUGAAUCCCCUGUCUGUCUGCUACAGUCUGUUAACAUGUCUAUAGUUCUGAAUCCCCUGUCUGUCUGCUACAGUCUGUUAACAUGUCUAUAGUUCUGAAUCCCCUGUCUGUCUGCUACAGUCUGUUAACAUGUCUAUGGUUCUGAAUCCCCUGUCUGUCUGCUACAGUCUGUUAACAUGUCUAUAGUUCUGAAUCCCCUGUCUGUCUGCUACAGUCUGUUAACAUGUCUAUAGUUCUGAAUCCCCUGUCUGUCUGCUACAGUCUGUUAACAUGUCUAUGGUUCUGAAUCCCCUGUCUGUCUGCUACAGUCUGUUAACAUGUCUAUAGUUCUGAAUCCCCUGUCUGUCUGUUAACAUGUCUAUAGUUCUGAAUCCCCUGUCUGUCUGCUACAGUCUGUUAACAUGUCUAUGGUUCUGAAUCCCCUGUCUGUCUGCUACAGUCUGUUAACAUGUCUAUAGUUCUGAAUCCCCUGUCUGUCUGCUACAGUCUGUUAACAUGUCUAUAGUUCUGAAUCCCCUGUCUGUCUGCUACAGUCUGUUAACAUGUCUAUAGUUCUGAAUCCCCUGUCUGUCUGCUACAGUCUGUUAACAUGUCUAUAGUUCUGAAUCCCCUGUCUGUCUGUUAACAUGUCUAUGGUUCUGAAUCCCCUGUCUGUCUGCUACAGUCUGUUAACAUGUCUAUAGUUCUGAAUCCCCUGUCUGUCUGCUACAGUCUGUUAACAUGUCUAUAGUUCUGAAUCCCCUGUCUGUCUGCUACAGUCUGUUAACAUGUCUAUAGUUCUGAAUCCCCUGUCUGUCUGUUAACAUGUCUAUAGUUCUGAAUCCCCUGUCUGUCUGCUACAGUCUGUUAACAUGUCUAUGGUUCUGAAUCCCCUGUCUGUCUGCUACAGUCUGUUAACAUGUCUAUGGUUCUGAAUCCCCUGUCUGUCUGCUAUCAUGUCUAUGGUUCUGAAUCCCCUGUCUGUCUGCUACAGUCUGUUAACAUGUCUAUGGUUCUGAAUCCCCUGUCUGUCUGCUACAGUCUGUUAACAUGUCUAUGGUUCUGAAUCCCCUGUCUGUCUGCUACAGUCUGUUAACAUGUCUAUGGUUCUGAAUCCCCUGUCUGUCUGCUAUCAUGUCUAUGGUUCUGAAUCCCCUGUCUGUCUGCUACAGUCUGUUAACAUGUCUAUGGUUCUGAAUCCCCUGUCUGUCUGCUACAGUCUGUUAACAUGUCUAUGGUUCUGAAUCCCCUGUCUGUCUGCUACUGUCUGUUAACAUGUCUAUGGUUCUGAAUCCCCUGUCUGUCUGCUACAGUCUGUUAACAUGUCUAUGGUUCUGAAUCCCCUGUCUGUCUGCUACAGUCUGUUAACGUGUCUAUAGUUCUGAAUCCCCUGUCUGUCUGUUAACAUGUCUAUAGUUCUGAAUCCCCUGUCUGUCUGUUAACAUGUCUAUGGUUCUGAAUCCCCUGUCUGUCUGCUACAGUCUGUUAACGUGUCUAUAGUUCUGGAUCCCCUGUCUGUCUGUUAACAUGUCUAUAGUUCUGGAUCCCCUGUCUGUCUGUUAACAUGUCUAUGGUUCUGAAUCCCCUGUCUGUCUGUUAACAUGUCUAUAGCUCUGAAUCCCCUGUCUGUCUGCUACAGUCUGUUAACAUGUCUAUAGUUCUGAAUCCCCUGUCUGUCUGCUACAGUCUGUUAACAUGUCUAUGGUUCUGAAUCCCCUGUCUGUCUGCUACAGUCUGUUAACAUGUCUAUGGUUCUGAAUCCCCUGUCUGUCUGCUACAGUCUGUUAACAUGUCUAUGGUUCUGAAUCCCCUGUCUGUCUGCUACAGUCUGUUAACGUGUCUAUAGUUCUGAAUCCCCUGUCUGUCUGUUAACAUGUCUAUAGUUCUGAAUCCCCUGUCUGUCUGCUACAGUCUGUUAACAUGUCUAUGGUUCUGAAUCCCCUGUCUGUCUGCUACAGUCUGUUAACAUGUCUAUAGUUCUGAAUCCCCUGUCUGUCUGCUACAGUCUGUUAACAUGUCUAUGGUUCUGGAUCCCCUGUCUGUCUGUUAACAUGUCUAUAGCUCUGAAUCCCCUGUCUGUCUGCUACAGUCUGUUAACAUGUCUAUAGUUCUGAAUCCCCUGUCUGUCUGCUACAGUCUGUUAACAUGUCUAUGGUUCUGAAUCCCCUGUCUGUCUGCUACAGUCUGUUAACAUGUCUAUGGUUCUGAAUCCCCUGUCUGUCUGCUACAGUCUGUUAACAUGUCUAUGGUUCUGAAUCCCCUGUCUGUCUGCUACAGUCUGUUAACGUGUCUAUGGUUCUGAAUCCCCUGUCUGUCUGCUACAGUCUGUUAACGUGUCUAUGGUUCUGAAUCCCCUGUCUGUCUGCUACAGUCUGUUAACGUGUCUAUGGUUCUGAAUCCCCUGUCUGUCUGCUACAGUCUGUUAACAUGUCUAUGGUUCUGAAUCCCCUGUCUGUCUGCUACAGUCUGUUAACAUGUCUAUGGUUCUGAAUCCCCUGUCUGUCUGUUAACAUGUCUAUAGUUCUGAAUCCCCUGUCUGUCUGUUACAGUCUGUUAACAUGUCUAUGGUUCUGAAUCCCCUGUCUGUCUGUUUACAUGUCUAUGGUUCUGAAUCCCCUGUCUGUCUGCUACAGUCUGUUAACAUGUCUAUGGUUCUGAAUCCCCUGUCUGUCUGUUUACAUGUGUGUGGUAGGAUGUCUCUGAUAUGACCAUGACAUGGGGACAGUUAAGACUGUAUGAAUGGAAGAGGUUUUCUCAGGUAGAGCAGUCUGUUAACAUAAUCCUAUAAUUAUAUACAUGGUCCUCAUAUGUCUAUAACACAUUGUACCAUCUGUUAUAACACAUUGUACCAUCUGUUAUAACACAUUGUACCAUCUGUUAUAACACGCUGUACCAUCUGUUAUAACACGUUGUACCAUCUGUUAUAACACGUUGUACCGUCUGUUAUAACGCGUUGUACCAUCUGUUAUAACGCGUUGUACCAUCUGUUAUAACGCGUUGUACCAUCUGUUAUAACGCGUUGUUCCAUCUGUUAUAACGCAUUGUACCAUCUGUUAUAACGCGUUGUACCAUCUGUUAUAACGCGUUGUACCAUCUGUUAUAACGCGUUGUACCAUCUGUUAUAACGCGUUGUACCAUCUGUUAUAACGCGUUGUACCAUCUGUUAUAACGCGUUGUGCCAUCUGUUAUAACGCGUUGUACCAUCUGUUAUAACGCGUUGUACCAUCUGUUAUAACGCGUUGUACCAUCUGUUAUAACGCGUUGUACCAUCUGUUAUAACGCGUUGUACCAUCUGUUAUAACGCGUUGUACCAUCUGUUAUA